AUGGCAUCGGUUCAAACUUUAAUAUUAGAAACUUUCCGCGUUUUCCGCCCGCAACAGCAAUCCUUCAGCAAUCGUCGCAAUACAAUAAAGAAAAAAAGUCGACAAGAUGUCUUCAAAGCCGAAGAACCAGAUCCGCGUUACGUUCGUGUGGAACGGCCAAUGUUUGGUCAUCUACAUCUGAUUUUGCGAAAACGUCCAGUGAGUGAGCAAUGUUGCGCGCAUACAUAUCAAUUGGUUCGAAUUGGAUGCAAUUUGCUAAAUCACUUCCUCGCCAUUGACCUAAUCCAUUAAUUUAUCCGAACUCCACAAGAAAUAUCUGUUAUUGGCGAUUUCCCAAAUGUUUCCACAAGCUUUAAUUUUUGUUCUCAACUAUGUGCACAAUGUUAUAGUAGUUGAUGCAUCUACAAAUCACACCUUUUCGAAAUAAUUGGUCUUCGGCACCCUCUACCCCGCUUACGCAUCAUACAAGGCUGUGAAAUCGAAGAAUGUCAAGGAAUACGUGAAAUGGAUGAUGUAUUGGAUUGUCUUUGCACUCUUCACUUGCGUGGAAACCAUCACAGAUGUCUUUCUGAGUUGGUUUCCAUUCUAUUACGAAAUUAAGAUAAUAAUGGUGAUAUGGCUGCUGUCUCCAGCCACGAAGGGGUCUAGCUUUUUAUACAGGAAAUUUGUACAUCCUAUGCUUAGUAGCAGAGAACAAGAAAUUGAUGAGUAUAUAUCAAAAGCCAGAGAGCAAAGUUACAAGCAGGUUUUGGAUUUGGGAUCAAAGGGUGUCAACGUGUUGAUGCAAACCGCCCUCAAGAGUGGAGGUGGUUUGGUGAAUCAAAUAAAGAAGAGUUACAGUUUGAGCGAUUUGAGUGAUCAUCGGGUCAGGGAGGAAGGCGCCGAUGAGACCGAUGUUAUGAUCACAGAUCCUAGGUUGUUGAGGAAGAGGCAGAGUCCGAGGAGGACGCCUUCUACUUCCAUGUAUUUCUCGGAGAUCGACGUGAGGACGGAUGCGAUCGUAUCCGUUCAGUCUGCCGAAGAUCUGAGUUCGGGGUAUUCGAGUGGCGAAGCUCUAACUCAUCCGAUCAAAGGACGGGAGGGAUUGGUGAGGACCGCUUCCAUAGGCGGGAACAGGGCCAGGCCAACGAGAGUCACCAGGUCGACGGCUGUUCCAAAGAAAAGCGCUACCACCGACGCCAACUCAGAGUUGGAAUUAGAGGAGUCUAAAAGUAUAAUUGCACAGGCCGAUUCGUCGAGCGACGAGGACUUUAAAGAUAUGGAAGAGAUGGUUCCGAAAGCAGGAGGUGGCUAGUGCGACGUUACCACGUGUCAAAAAGGCGGUGAAGAAGAAAACUCUAUAAGCGCGCAACACACGAGCUCGCUCACCUUACUUAGUUCAUUUUACUUAUUUAUGUAAUACUUGUGUAUCUGUCUCCAAUAUGCAUAUGCGAUAUGAUUAUUUAAUUUUUCAAUUGUGACUCAUUUAACGUGUCUGUGUGUUUAUGUAACGGUUUCUACCGAUUGGGGCGGAUGCCCGACGUUAAGUUUCUGUAAAUGAUUGUUAGAUUUUAUGUGAUGCGGAAAGAUGAAGAACAAAAAAAAACAACGUGAAAGAUGAAGAGAAAUGUUCGUUGUUUCCUUUGCUUUUCCUUUUUUUUUUAUUUGUUUUUGGUAAUUAGGUAUACCUUUAUAUCAAUACCGAAAGAAUUAAAAAAAAAAACAGGAGAGUUUUACGAAACAGAACCGAAAUCAUUGCUCAGUUAAUUAUGUUUUUUUUUCUUUUAAAUGUUGUCUUCUGUUUUUCUAUGAUCGUAUUACCGUACGAAAUAUAUAUAUAUUUUUUUUUCUGUAUGUAUGUAUAGAGAAUAAAAGUAGAAUCCGAGAACGGGAGAAAACCA